GCGGGCAACGCAGCGCCCCUCGACCCGAUGGCCGCAGCGGACGAGCCCGCGGCCACCGCGCCGGCGGCCGCGGAAGACGCCGCGGCGGCGUGGUCCCUCGAGGAGCGCGCGGCGCGGCGCGACGCGGCCGCGGCCGCGGCCGACGCCGACGCCUCGCCCCUCGCCGAAGUCAGCGUGGUGACGGCCGUCGGGACCCUCCGGGUGGACAACGCGGCGCUCUACAUGCCGGUGGAGCGCGGCGAGCAGGUCACGUCCGCGAAUCUGGCGAUCGCGGCGGCGCGCGCGGACCUGGAGGCGGCGGAUCCGGCCGUGGUCGUGGACGUGGGGUUUGAAGAGAGGGUCGGCUACGUGAGCGGCGGUGCGCUGGCCGGGGACCCCGCCCUGGGGCAGCUCUGGUACGGGACGCGGCCGCUGUCCGAGGCGAACGAAGCCGCGGUCGUCGACGUCAUGCUCGUGUACGGCUCCGGCGCGGCCUUUGCCAUCGAGGGCGGCUAUACGACGGUGCGACUCCCGUCCGCGGUCGAGGACCUCUACAAAGCGACCCUAUAUUUGGGCGUGAAGCGGGGCGGGGAAGGCCGGCGCUGGGCGGAGGGAAGGGCCACGCGCGGCGCGGCGCCGAUCAAAGGUGAGGAUGGCGGCGACGCCGGCGAGGAGGACGAGGCGCUCCUGGAGCAGACGCUGACGCCGGAGCAGGUCGCUCGGCUCGAGGCGCGGCGGGCGGAGAAACUGCGGGAGGCCGAGCGCCAGCAGCAGAGAGAGGACGACGCGCGGGAGGACGCCCGGCGGAGCAAGCAGUUGCAGGAGCGGCUCGCAGAGCUGCGGCGGGAGAAGGCCCUGCUGGCCGAGGAGAACGCGCGCCUCUCGGCCGAGGUCGCGGCGGUGAUGGACGCGCCCGACGCCGACGACAAGGAGCGCCUCGACCCGCGCGAGGCCGAGCGGCGGUACGCGGACGCGCUCAGCGCCAUCCUCGACGCCAAGCGCAAGGCCGCGCAGCAGAAGGAACGGAGCGACCGGGUCGCGUUCGAACUACAGGCGCGGCUGGACGAGAAGGAGUUCAAAGCGAAGAAGAUCGCCGACUCCUUCAAGGCCUUCAAGCGGGAGAUUUUCCUGGCGGCGGAACAUUCGAGGACGGGCAAGAAACUUUCCAAAAAGGUCAUCGACGAGUUCGAGGCGCAAGAGGCGUUACGCGACCAGGAGCUGGAGAAGGUGCGCCUGAAGAACAUCAAUCUGCGGAACGCCCUGAAGAAGUGCGAAGCGAAACUCCGGGCGAAGGAGCAAUUGGCCGAGGGCUUGCACCUCAUCGACUUCGAGCAGCUCAAGAUCGAGAACCAGGCGUUGGCGGAGAAAAUCGAAGAUCGGAAGGAUGAAAUCGAGAAGCUGCGCAAAAAGCACGCCGCGAACGUGCGAGUGGCGACGCACGCGCGCGAAACACUGGCGUUCGAGGAGAAGCUGUGCGAAAAAAGACGCGGGGAACUCAAGGCGCUCGACGCGAAGCUCGCGGUGGAGCGGGAUCGGGUCGCCAAGCUCAAGAAGAGGCGAGAGAAGAAACGAAUGCGCGAGGCAUCCCGGUCGGAGUCCAAGGGCUUCGCCGCGAACGACAUGCUCGUGCUGGAUUACGAAAAGCGCAAGGUCGAGAUCACGCAGACGGAGGCCCGGAUCCAGGAGCUCAAGGAGCGCUACGCGCUGCUCGAGGCGGAUGUCGCGAAGAACAACGUGCUCAUUGCUGCGCGCACGGUGGGGGAGUAAGGGUCCGUCCUUAGCCCUUGUUGCGAAUCUCGCAAGCGAAG